CGGCCUUCCCCACUCUUAGCUUUCGACCACUCACUCAUGACCGCUCCACCAUCCCCGACGCCUGGCAACAUGUCGACGACGCCUCAAGGAGCAGGUACGCCCAACGCGGCCAGUCUACCUCCUGCGCCGUCUCGUUCGGCGCAGCGUGAUGGGACGAGUAGUUUAGGGACGUUUGGGGUGAAAUCGGGGCUGGCGCAGAUGCUGAAGGGUGGGGUAAUCAUGGAUGUCGUGAACGCUGAACAAGCCCGCAUCGCCGAGGAAGCUGGCGCCUGCGCUGUCAUGGCUCUUGAGCGCGUACCCGCCGACAUUCGUGCUGAAGGUGGCGUCGCGCGGAUGAGUGAUCCGCAAAUGAUCAAGUCCAUCAUCGACGCUGUUACAAUCCCCGUCAUGGCGAAGGUUCGCAUAGGUCACUUCGUCGAGGCGCAGAUCUUGCAAGCAGUCGGCGUCGACUACAUUGACGAGUCAGAGGUCUUGACGCCAGCAGACGAAGAGCACCACAUCAAUAAGCAUAACUUCAAGGUUCCCUUCGUCUGCGGCUGCCGCAACCUAGGCGAGGCCCUGCGUCGCAUCUCUGAGGGCGCCGCCUUCAUUCGUACUAAGGGCGAAGCGGGCACGGGAAAUGUCGUUGAGGCGGUGAGGCACGAACGCGCGGUCAUGAGCGAUAUCAGGCGAGCUAGCGCGAUGAGCGAGGACGAGCUCUACGCCUUCGCAAAGGAGAUCGGGGCGCCAUUCCAUCUGCUGAAAGAGACAGCGCGCCUGAAGAGGCUACCGGUGGUAAACUUCGCGGCGGGCGGGAUUGCGACGCCUGCGGAUGCGGCGCUGAUGAUGCAGUUGGGGUGUGACGGCGUCUUCGUCGGCUCGGGCAUCUUCCACUCCGGCGACCCCGCAAAACGGGCGCGCGCCAUUGUGCAAGCGGUCACGCACUACAACAACCCGAAAAAGCUUGCGGAAGUCUCGCAGGAUCUGGGACCAGCAAUGGUUGGACUGACUAUUGACGACAAGCUGAAGGGCGGACAACUGGCGAAACGGGGUUGGUGAAGGAGAAACUUAACAAGCGAUGUAUAUGUAUAUGUAUAUGUACAUGACAGAAACUGUAGUGCCCGCGCGCGUUC